AUUUUGGGCAGCCGCGUCCCGUGACAUUCGAUUUCCAGAAUCCACACCACCACGACGCGGGUGGGCAGUCUCUCCUUGUUUGAGACUCAGGACUGAACUCUGUUAUUGUGUCUCUUUAACUUGCAGAUGAGAGAAAUAGCCUCGACGCGAGCUACCCCGGACUUUGACAGGCUCCCGAUGCGGGGAACAAUACCUAGCGUAUUGACUACGGUAUGGACGCUGUACAUCUUGCGUGGUUUCGGCCGUCGGCUACACAAAUACGACAUGGAUUGUCCCUGGCGUGUCCACUUCGCAUCCAGCUGGCAAGAGUCGAUUACAUCAACCGAUCCAUUCUACGAAUCUACACUCGUUGCGACACGGAUACGGGCGUGACAUUGAACAAUAAGCUGGAUAUUCCAUGGUCAUAAUUGCCUAAACUCCAUUCCUGAGAACCGAUUCCCCCUUCUUUUCCUC